CUACCAAAAUUUAUGGCCACUAUAGCUUCAGAGCCAAGACUCUCUUAAAAGGUAACCACAUUUUCCUGUCUUACAAGCAAAUAACACAAGAUCAUAAAAAAGAAAGGUUUAGAGAGUUCUUGAAAUAGACGUCAAAGCAAAUCAUCAUCAUCAGAGCAUCUUUUGAAAUCGUCAUGAUAACAGUAGCUAUAGCCGCUGAGUUGCUUGAAGAAUACACGGCGGCGCUCACUCGCAUCACAGCCACACUCCUCCCUCCACGACCCACAAGUCGCCGCCGGAGCGCCAGAGCUCCAACCACCAGCCGAGCUGACUCUUCCUUGCCUCGUAACGAUAACUCAUCCUCACUAGCUCCAAAUUACUCCGCUUUUCUCUUGAAUUUCUGAUUAUUUAUUUUAUUUUUAUUACGAGAGUUUUCGAAUUUUCUUCGUCUUGACUGUAAUUUCGAAUGAUGUUUAUGUUAUUAAAUUGGGAAUUUAAAUUUAUAUUCAUUCGACUUUA